UUCCGUCCUCCAUGAUGAGGGUGAAGGGAAGUCCUCGGCACUGGGCCGGCACACGGUAGGGGUUCGGUAAGCUCUGGAUGCUUCCCGUGAUGUCAGUCAGUGGCCGAGGGACUCACCGUGUGGCCUGACGUGGGCGUGGUGCCCCUUCUCUGUCUCACAGGACAAUGCCAUCCUCCUUCACGUGGGGCCUCCUCCUGUCAGCAGGUCUGUGCUAUCAGGUUCCCGGCUCCCCACACACUUCCAAGCCCCAUCUGCAGGCACCCGCCCCCAGCAUAGCCCCCAAACUGGCCAAGUGUGCCUUCGGCUCGCACCAUGAACUGGCUCAUCACUCCAACAACAACAUCAUCUGCUCCCCCAUGAGCGUCGCAAUAGCCUUUUCGAUGCUCUCCCUGGGGACCAACGGUGACACUCGCACCCAGAUCCUGCAGGGCCUAGAUUUUAACUUCAAGGAGGCCAAUAUCUACAAAGGCUUACAGCGUCUCGACAGCCAAUGCCAGCUGACCGCCAGAAGUAUACUAUUCAUCGACAAGAAUUGGAAGCAAGUACAUAUGUUUUCGGAGGAUGUCAGGAAGCUGGACCCCUCAGAAGCCUUCUCCGUCCACUUCAGAGACAACAAAGAGGCCAAGAAAUGGAUCAACCAAUAUAUAGAAAAGGAAACCCGAGGGAAAACUGUGGAUUUCAUCAAAGAUCUUGACAAAGACACGGCUCUUGUUCUGGUGAGUUACAUUUUCUUUCAUGUGACCCCGUCGGCCCCCUCAACCUUCCCGAACAACUCCCACUCGGUCUUCAGCCCGUACAGGUGGAGGGUGGCCGAAAACCCAGGCAAGAACAUCAUCUUCUCCCCGCUGAGCUUCUCCACCCCCCCUCGCCUUGCUGGCUCUCCAGGCCAGGCCAGCAGCACACACCCAGGUCCCGGAGGGUCUGGGCCUGCCCCUCGUCCAGGUCCCAGACAGCAUGGUCACGAGCACUUCAGUCGGCAACUCCUUGCCCCGCUGCGGUCCCUGGAGGCGUGCCAGCCACACACGGGCAGCAUGCUGUCUGUGGACCAGAGGCAGUACCUGUCACACAGGUUUGUCGACAUCGCCCAGAAUCUGUCCCACACGGAGGUCUUCCUCAUCCCCUUCGGGAACAACCAAGUAGCCAGGGAGUAG